UUGCUCGUCGGCAUCCAUUCAGUGUGCAACUACAACUAAUCCUCCGCAAGGAAUUCUCAAUCCCAAAAGCAAGACAAUGAACUUCAACGGUUUGCUCGCAAUUGUUGGUGCCUGCCUGGUGGCCCUGUGCGCCGCCGAUGUCUCCCACUUGUCGCGCAGCUACUUGCCGCCGCAGAGCAUCGGCUACAAUGGUGGCUACAAUGGCUACAACACGGGCUACAACACGGGAGGUUACUCCGCCUAUCCAGGCUACUCGAAUGGCGGCUACUACACCGGCUCUGGCUCAAGCUAUUCCUCGCCGCUCAUCUCGUCCAGCUACAAGAGCUAUGUGGUGCCGCAGUACACGGCUGGCUAUGCAGCUCCCUCGCGCACCUAUCUGCCAGCGGACACUGGCUACUCGGGCUACUCCGGCUACAAUGGCCUGGACACCAAGUACGCCAGCAACGGUGGCUACGUCUACUAGUUGGCCACGAAGCAGGACUGUGAUCCAUCCAGCAAACGCAUAUUAAUCAAUU